CGCUGUCUGUCGCUCGUGCGGCAGCAUGACGGUUAGCAGCGUCUAAAUGCAGCAGCUCAACGCUAAUACGUGAGGAAACGGGCUCCUUUACUAAUGUAAAGAAAGUCAAAACCUAACAGUAGGCAGUUCUUUCCUUUUAGACCUUAGACUGUUCGUUCGGAAGAAACAGCACCAAAAUGAGUUUGCUUGCCAAAAUCGCUGAGAUCGAGAAUGAGAUGGCUCGUACCCAAAAGAACAAGGCCACCGCGCAUCACUUAGGUCUGCUGAAGGCUCGACUGGCCAAACUCCGGAGAGAGCUCAUCACUCCUAAAGGAGGCGGCGGGGGAGGCACGGGAGAAGGCUUCGAUGUGGCGAAGACGGGAGAUGCACGUGUCGGCUUUGUUGGCUUCCCCUCUGUGGGAAAGUCCACACUGCUUAGUAACUUGGCGGGGGUCUACUCUGAGGUGGCUGCCUAUGAGUUCACCACACUCACCACUGUUCCAGGAGUCAUCCGCUACAAAGGAGCCAAAAUCCAGCUUCUAGAUCUUCCAGGUAUCAUAGAAGGAGCCAAGGAUGGGAAAGGCAGAGGGCGGCAGGUAAUUGCAGUGGCUCGUACAUGUAACCUCAUCCUGAUCGUUCUGGACGUGCUGAAACCCCUCGGGCACAAGAAGCUGAUCGAGCACGAGCUGGAGGGAUUCGGCAUCCGUCUGAACAAGCAGCCGCCCAACAUCGGAUUUAAGAAGAAGGACAAGGGUGGCAUCAACUUCACUGCUACUUGUGCUCAAAGUGAGCUUGAUGGCGAUACAGUGAAAAGCAUUCUGGCCGAGUACAAAAUUCACAACGCUGACGUGACCCUGCGAAGCGACUGUACAGCUGACGACCUCAUAGAUGUGGUGGAGGGAAACAGAGUUUAUAUCCCUUGCAUUUACGUCUUGAACAAAAUCGACCAGAUCUCCAUUGAAGAGCUGGACAUCAUCUACAAAGUUCCCCACUGUGUGCCAAUCUCAGCCCACCACCGCUGGAACUUUGAUGACCUGCUGGAGAAGAUCUGGGACUACCUACACCUAGUGCGCAUAUACACCAAACCAAAGGGACAGCUACCUGACUACACGGCUCCUGUGGUGCUUCCAGAUGGUUGGACAUCUGUUGAAGACUUCUGUCUGAAAAUCCACAAAAACCUCAUCAAGGAGUUCAAGUAUGCUUUGGUGUGGGGCUCCUCUGUGAAGCACAACCCUCAGAAGGUGGGCAAAGACCAUGUGCUGGAGGACGAGGAUGUCAUUCAGCUGGUUAAGAAAUGAAAAGACUCUUAUCGCUUUACAUGACUGACCCACUCUCUUCUAGUUAGUGCUGGGACUCUUCCGGAGGCCCAAAGCACUACCCAUGAUACCAACAUCGUAUGGUGAUCUCCCCAAUACCCCUUGGACUUUAUUACACAUCUCUAUAUGAAUGUGCAGUAAAUGUGCGUUUUCUGUUCAAACAUGCAUUAAAGCCAAAGGUGGGAUGAAUGCCAUUAAAAAAAGGAAAACAACCUGUUGUCUUUGUAAGUUUAAAUAAAAUCCAUAGCCUGAA